AGCAGACUGAUCCAGCAGAUCAGUUCCAAUGUUUUGCACCUGAUAGAUGCCAAACGUUAAUUUUUUGUUCUAUCCAACAGAAAAGCAAAGUCCAGGAAGAACAAAGAAGAAAUAAGAAUGAAGGUCACUGGAAUCAGAGAUGCUGAAAUGAAAAACCAUUCUGCCAUCACAGAGAUUAUCCUACUGGGCCUUACAGAUUCCCCCAAACUGCAGAUAUUUCUCUUCUUGGUGUUUGCAAUCAUCUAUGUUGCAGCUGUGGUGGCCAAUGUCAUCCUUAUCUUUAUCAUAUCUACUUUCAAGAAACUCCACACACCCAUGUACUUCCUCAUAUUCAAUUUGUCAUUACUGAAUAUAUUCUCUGUCUCCGUGACAGUUCCUAGGUUACUCCAAAGUCUCUGGACUCAUAGAAAAAGAAUUUCAUUUAAUGGGUGCAUCAUACAGAUAUUUUUCAUUAUAUGGGCCUUGGGGUCAGAAUUGGUCCUUCUCUCAUUUAUGGCUUUUGACCGCUAUGCUGCCAUCUGCCACCCUUUGCAUUACACCAUUAUCAUGAGGAAAGAAGUAUGUGUUGGCAUAGCAGCCAUUGUAUGGAUUACUGGAAUGAUAAAUACUGCUGUAAAUACUGGAGUUCUCGUGAAGCUUUCCUUUUGUGAUUCCAAUGUUAUAAAUCAUUUUUACUGUGAUAUCCCUAUAGUAUUACAUCUUUCAUGUUCAGAUACUAGCAUAAAUGAAUUUAUGACAAAGAUUGCCGAUGUGGUUUAUGGCAUGUGUACCUGUGGGUUGACUCUAACUUCCUAUUUUUUUAUAUUGAAGACUAUCUUCAAAAUCCGUUCUAAUGAAGGGAAGAAGAAAACUUUCUCCACAUGUUCUUCACAUCUCUUUGUAAUUAGUUUUUAUUUUUCUGCAAUCAUCUACACAUACAUGAGGCCCUCUUCUGUCUAUUUCCUAGAUAAGGACAAGUUUGUGUCUCUUAUUUAUUCAGUGAUAACUCCAGUUAUCAAUCCACUCAUAUAUUCUUUGAGAAACAAAGAUGUUAAAGAAGCAAUGAAAAUGUUUACUGUCAAUCUAAGUGUGCGCCCAAAAUCUUAAAUUUCAUCAGUAAAAUAUUCCUACAAUACUAGUGAGCAUUAAACAAUGUUUCUUCAUAUAUUACAUAUUGUACUGAAGAGUCUCUUUGUUGGUAUAAAAAUACAAUCAUCCUUAUCAUAUAUUGUAACAAAACUGGAUUUCAAAUAUUUUGUUUUCAUGAUUAUUACAUUGAUACAUUAUCUUAUUUCUUGUUUUCAAAAAUACUUCUUAAGCCUUUUCUUCCAAGUAAUACAGAAAUACAAUGAAAACCUAAUUAUUUGUAUCAUCAUACAUACAAAUAUCUUAGAUAAGGAUUAUUUGAUGAGGCAUUCCCUUAAAACAUUCUAGAAAUACCUGAAGCUACAUUCAUAGUACAUUUUGAAGAUUUCUGAUUUGGGAAUCAGUAUUUUUUUGAAAGGGAGGGUUAUAUAGGAAAAUUGGGAGAGAAAUUAAAAGCCCCAAUGUUUGUAGCUCAGGUAGAAAUGAGGUGUUCUUGGUGUUCUCCGAGCAUGGUUGUUUUCUUGUAAACAUUUCAUUACUCAAAUAAGUAACCUCAUUAGUGCUAGCACUAGCACUGAUAAUAUUAUCUAAUUUGGGUAAUGAAACAUCUGGAAGAAAACAACCAAGCUCAGAUUAACAUCAAGAAUCCCUGAAAUUAAAAAUACUUGAUUCAUGAGAAAAUCAUCAUACACUCACAAGUUUGGAUGAUUUGGCUCUUCAACUAUUGAUUAUAUUUUACAUCAUACUGUUUAUGCUGUUUCU